CUAAACCAGAAACCCAUGAUUGAUCUCGAGGAAGCCCAACAUCGAUCAAAAACAAAUUUGCCAUCGUUUUUGCCUAGUGAGGGUGAUAAUGGAUCCACCAGAUUUAAACCCGCCCAAAAACCAAGCCCUAAAACCUCAGCAAAGAGCAAAACUGGUUCGGUUUGCAUUCCUCUAUUUGGCGGCGAUGGGUUCGUUCAGCGUCUUCAUCGUUCGCUCAUGAAAUUUAAAACCCCAGCUCUCUCAAUCUUCUCUUGCAAAACCCUAUCCAAAACCACCAAAUCUCUCAUGGCUUCCACUAUCACCCAAACCCAAACCCAGACCCUUCAAUCGGAUCCACCAGAGGAUAUCGACGACACCCUCUGCUGUGGCCAGCCACGAGAAGAGCGUAACGGAGAGCAAGAAAUUCCUUUUGCCCAGCCUGACGCGGCGUCGUUUGGCUCUGGCUCUCCGAGUCGGUGCUUGGGCGGACAGUCGCACAUUGAACGAGCAUGGGCUCAUUGGUCUGCGCUGGGACGCCCCAAGCUGAUUGUGGCGCCAAUGGUGGACAAUUCUGAGCUGCCCUUUCGAAUGCUUUGCCGCAAGUAUGGUGCUGAGGCUGCCUACACGCCCAUGUUACACUCUCGCAUUUUCACAGAGAAUGAGAAGUAUCGUAGCCAAGAAUUUACCACUUGCAAGGAGGAUCGUCCUUUAUUUGUUCAAUUUUGUGCCAAUGAUCCAGACAUUUUACUGGAAGCUGCACGUAGAGUAGAACCUUAUUGUGAUUAUGUUGACAUUAAUUUGGGGUGUCCUCAGCGUAUUGCUAGGCGGGGAAACUAUGGAGCUUUCCUAAUGGAUAAUCUUCCCCUUGUAAAAUCUCUUGUACAAAAAUUGGCCCUCAACCUUCAGGUUCCUGUGUCAUGCAAAAUCCGUGUCUUUCCAAAUUUACAGGACACAAUCAACUAUGCAAGGAUGCUUGAAGAUGCUGGUUGCUCUCUCUUAGCUGUCCAUGGCCGAACAAGAGAAGAAAAAGACCAGAAGAAAGUUCGGGCUGACUGGAAUGCAAUCAGGGCUGUUAAAAACUCUGUCAGGAUCCCUGUGCUUGCCAAUGGAAACAUAAGGCAUCUGGAUGAUGUUCAGAACUGUUUGGAAGUCACUGGUGCUGAGGGGGUGCUUUCUGCUGAGUCUCUUCUUGAGAACCCAGCUCUUUUUGCUGGAUACCAAACUGCUGAAUUGGCAGUGGGGAAUGAAGAAAGCAAUAAUGGUAGGAAACUGGACCAAGCUGAUCUAUUGGUGGAGUACUUGAAGUAUUGUGAACAAUACGCUGUUCCAUGGAGAAUGAUCCGUGCUCACGUGCACAAAAUGUUGGGGCAUUGGUUCAGGCUCCAUCCACAUGUAAGAGAGGAUCUCAAUGCACAAUCCAGACUGACUUUUGAGUUUCUUUACAGUCUGGUGGAUCAACUUAGGGAGCUGGAUGUAAGAAUUCCACUCUACUAUAAAGACACUCAUAUACGAAGAGUUUCAACAGAUGGCUUGGCUACGGGAACUUGAUACAAUCAUAUGAAGAACAAGUUGUUCGUCCCUAGAAUUUGAAUCACCUCAAGGUCAGAACCAGGGAUCAGGUUUUUACUUAUAUUUCUGUCAUCAUAACACAGGUUACUGCUGUCUGAAUAUCCGGUUUUAGGUUCUAUAGUGUUAACUAACAUGCCCAUGUACUAGCAGAUUAAAAUGCUGCAUAAUUCUUUUACUGAUAUAUAUAGCUCAGUUUUGAGGCCAAAGAAGAAAAUAAGAUAAAUUGAGAAAAAAAUUUGUGGACCAGUCACCCUCGAUUUUAGGCAUCAUACAAAUGACAAACGGUGUAGAUGUAUUACUUUGGGAGGAUUAUGAUUGUUUCCCUGGAAAUUAACUUUCAUUAUCUUUGAAAUGUCUCGUAAGAUUGCUGUAAUCUCUACGUAUCUUUGGUUUAAAUUUUCCAGCUUGUGUUUUAUUUAGUUCAUUC